AUGGCUGAAGCCACAGAGGACUUCUCCUCUUUACCCUUAGCCGACCGGUUCGCUCAUAAGAACUGGAAAGUCCGAAAGGAAGGAUACGAGGAUGCGAAAGCGCAGUUUGAAAAGACCGCCGACGAAUCACACCCGGUAUUCGUGCCAUUCAUACAAGAUCCCGGCCUGUUCAAAGGAGCGGUUGCAGAUUCCAACGUCGCCGCACAGUCAGAAGGUCUUGCCGCAUACUGCGCCUUUUUGAAAUUCGGAGGAGCCCAGGCCUGCACGAGGACCCGCACAUAUACAAUUGGCCCACUUGCUGAGAAAGGUCUCCCAUCUACACGACCGGUCGGUAAAGCUAGCGCCCAGGAAGCUCUUCUAUUAUGUGUCGAAUUGGACAAGAGCGAUGCGGUGAUCGAGGAACUACUACCCAUGCUAUCACACAAAGUACCCAAGGUGGUCGCCGCAUCUCUCGCAGCCUUGACCCUCAUUUACCACAACUUCGGCUGCAAGAUCGUCGACCCGAAGCAAACUUUGAAGGCGCUGACCAAGGUUUUUGGUCAUGCCGAUAAAAAUGUCCGCGCGGAGGCACAAAACCUGACUGUGGAACUCUAUCGGUGGCUUCGGGAGGCUAUCAAGCCUCUGUUUUGGGCCGAAUUGAAACCUGUGCAACAGGGAGAUUUAGAGAAAUUAUUCGAAGCUGUGAAGCAAGAUCCCACACCGAAGCAAGAGCGAUUCACUCGGGCACAACAAGAUGCCAUGGCCACGGCCAGCGCUACACCGGCAGGCGAGGAGGGUGAAGAACCAGCCGGUGACGACUUUGAUGAGGAGGAGGAUGCGGUGGUUGUUGAUGCCUUCGACCUGGCGGAACCGGUUGAUGUCAUUAAAAAAGUCCCUGCCGACUUCCAUGAUCAAUUGGCUUCGUCAAAAUGGAAGGACCGCAAGGAAGCGUUGGACGCUCUCUAUAAUGUUAUCAACGUUCCUCGAAUCAAAGACGGCCCCUACGAUGAUAUUGUGAGGGGAUUGGCCAAAUCCAUGAAGGAUGCCAACGUCGCUGUCGCCACGGUAGCUGCAAACUGUGUGGACGUGCUGGCCAGAGGCCUUCGCAACGGCUUUAGCAAAUACCGAAGCACCAUUAUGGCGCCCAUGUUUGAACGUUUGAAAGAAAAGAAGACGGCUGUUACAGAUGCUUUGGGUCAGGCAUUGGAUGCUGUCUUCACCACGACAACCCUUACGGAAUGCUUGGAAGAAAUAUUUGAGUAUCUCAAGCACAAGAACCCACAGAUCAAGCAGGAAACGGUCAAGUUCUUGGUUCGUUGCCUGCGCAUAACCCGGACGGUACCAGCCAAACCAGAGCAGAAAGCGAUCGCUGAUGCCGGCACAAAGCUAUUGACCGAGUCAGCCCCGGCAAUCCGUGAGGGAGCUGCUGAAAUUCUAGGUACAUUAAUGAAGAUUCUGGGUGAACGAGCCAUGAACCCGUAUCUCGAUGGACUUGACGAGAUUCGGAAAACAAAAAUCAAAGAAUACUUCGGAACCGCUGAAGUCAAGGCCAAGGAGCGACCCAAGGCCAUUAUCGCACCCCCAAAGCCUGCUGCCCCGGCUGCUAGGAAGGUCGUUGGCAAGAAGCCGGCAUCCGGGCUGAAAAAGCUAGCCCCUGUGGCCGCUCCACCUGCCCCAGAGGAACCCCCGGCCAGGCCUGCGGCCAGGGGAAUCCCUUCAAAGCUCGGUGCUCCGAAGGCCGGCGGUCUUGCAACUCCUGGGUCAGGUCUCAAGCUGCAACGGAAGCUUGCUGGCCCCGGAACUACUGCGUCACCAUCACGACGAUUCGGUCUAGGUCGUGGCCUUGCGGGUCGGCCCAUUGCCAGACCGUCGGCACCUGCUGAACCUGCCCCUGCCCCUUCACCUGCCGCCAACGCUAUAGCAGCCGCCGAACGUGCGGAGUUGGAGGCAUUGCGGGCGGAGAAGGAGAACUUCAACCGAACCGUGGAAGAUAUGAAGUCUGAGCGUUCAAGGCUCAACUCCACGAUCACUGAACUUCAAAACCAGAAUGCACAGCUCAUUGAAGACCACACCCGCGAUGUCUUGAGCAUCAAGGCGAAAGAGACUCAACUUGUUCGAGCCCGGAGUGACGCGGAAACCGCGGAGGGGAGUGUUCAAAAACAGCAGAGAGAGAUUGAAAGAUUGAAGCGUGAACUCGCACGAGCACUUCGUGCGUCUGCCAUAAGCCCACCUAACGCUGCCUCCGACACAGGAAGCAUGGGUGUGCCGGACACAAGCUCCAUCCACCAAGACCACCUCGGCAACGGCAAUGCUGCUGCACGAUCUGGUCUUCACAUGGGAUCUCGCUUCGAAAGCUCACGUCCUCGAAGCUACGCCUCUGCGACUCCCAGUGAGGAGAGGGAGAACAAUGGCAUGGAAUCACCGGGACCCAGCAGUCGUAAUGGUGGCCUAGGCCGGCGCAAUUUGAGCCCUACAUAUGGUUACUCGGCGGUUGGUAGCCCGACGCGCUCACCUGCCCGGAACUCCAACACAAAUUUCACCGAAGACGACCAGCAGCAGCCCAGAUCUUCUGAACCGGCAGAGAACUGGAAGCGAGCUGCGGAAGUCACCAGCCAACUGAAGGCGAGAAUUGAACAAAUGAAGGUACGCCAAGGGCUUUCACGACCUCCUCAACGUUAA